GCAGCCGGAGAUCAAGCCAGUGGCUGGCUACAACGAGGCAGAUUCCUACUCCGCCGAAGCUUGGAGGGCUUUGGAGGCUUAUUUGAACAAACCCUUCACUUGCGCGGUGGACUCCAAAGGUGACUUGCUAAUAUCCGAUGGACUGAAUCAGAGGCUACGUAAGAUUACGGGCUACAACUCCCACUGUAGCACCAGCGAACAGUUCACGCCCCAGCAAGUCCAGGACUUUGAGCGUCUCCUUGCAGAAGCAGAUGCUGCCUGUAACAACCAGUCUCAACCGCAGCUUGUAGAGAUUUACACAAGCGCUCAGGCAGAAGUGGUUGAGAAUGGAAAUGUGCAGCUGGUUCAAGAUGAAUUCUGCAACUUUGGGUCGUCACCUCGACUUGCCGACAUGGCUAACUACACCACCAACGUCUUCGUCCUCUGCCAGGUGUGCCAAGAGCUCAACCCAAGGCCUGUUGCUUGUCCCUGGCCCGAGCUAUGUAUGUGCCGAGAUGCCAUAAUGAACGUGGCCAGAAGCCUUGUUUACAUUCAUUGCCCGCAGCGAAAUGCCUUCGUUGAUCCUUGGCAUCGCUGGGUGACCGCCAUAACCAGCUGUUUGUUGGAAGACCCACAAGCAGCACAGUGGUACAAUAGUAGUACCACUGCACAACUGCAGCAACACCUGCAGACCAUUUGA